AAUUCAAACAGCUUUCCUAAUAUCUUCAUCAUAAUGCAGUCAUUAGUGGAAAGGAGAGAGAUGGCCCCCUGCCAAGCUAUCCAGAGAGAGGCAGCCGUGAACUGGUUGGGCUGGACUGUUCAAGCUUCCUUCUGUUUAUUGAGGACUCCUUCAGGCUGCAGGGCAUGGUUUGGUGAAGUUUUUUCACUUUACUAAAUCAGCAGCUGUUCACCUGAGAACCUCAGAUAACAGACUUCUAGGGAGAGAUAGGAGGAUGAAGGAGAAAUAAACCCCGCUUGCUCCCUUGGAAAUCACUGGGCCACGGUAGCAACUUGGGCAAUCUUUGACAGGAUUCAAAAGAAAAUAAAGAAUCGGUAAAUGAAGAAGGGAAAACGAGGAAGAGCAAAUGCUAAACCUCGGUGGCUUUUUUUCCCCUGCUGUCAUUCCAGCUGUAGCCUGGGAUUAAUUAAAUGUUGUGAACUCUGCGCCUGGGAGAGAGGAGGGAAAUGCAUUCUAUCUCUAAGGACGGAGAAGUACAGUAACCGUUUCAGAUCGCUCACCAGCCAGUGAGAAGCCUUGGGAAGAGGCAGUCUCUCCUCAGAGUUUGUCUAGAGACUACAGAGGCAGUUGCUGCUGCCUGCCCUGCAGGGCUGGAGAAACCUCCCCAUUCAGCCGCUGGACAUGAUUUUCCUUGUGUUCGUUUUCCCGUGCCUGUGAAGAAGCUCUCUUCUGGUUGCAGCGGCGGCAGCGGCAGCAGCACGUCUGGAGAACAGGGCAGAAUGCCUGUGCUAGAUCGCUGUUUUAACUCGGCAGAGCUGGGCAGAAGGUGGACUCCACGGGAAGGUCUGCUGCCCUCUUCCAUGGGCAGCCGGCCAGAAUAUCAGCAGGGACCAUUGACCUGGGAACUGCCAGAGAUGAUCAGGAUGGUAAAGCUUGUUUGGAAAUCCAAAAGUGAGCUGCAGGGGACCAAACAAAGAGGGCUUCUGGAAGCUGAAGAUGCUGUCAACAGCUUCUCAGGAGAUGUACGAGUAAGAGGUCAGACAGGGGUUCCUGCAGAACGCCGUGGCUCCUAUCCAUUCAUUGAUUUCCGCCUUCUUAACAACACAGCACACUCAGGGGAAAUUGGUACCAAGAAGAAAGUAAAAAGACUACUGAGCUUUCAAAGAUACUUCCAUGUAUCCCGGCUACACCGAGGAGCUAUACCUCAAGCCCCCCUGCAUUUCCUGGAUGAAGACUACCUGGGCCAGGCAAGGCAUAUGCUCUCCAAAGUGGGAAUGUGGGAUUUUGACAUCUUCUUAUUUGAUCGCUUGACAAAUGGAAACACUCUGGUCCCAUUGCUGUGCCACCUUUUCAACAUCCAUGGGCUUAUUCAUCAUUUUCAAUUAGACAUGGUGACCUUACACAGGUUUUUAGUUAUGGUUCAAGAAGAUUACCAUAGCCAAAAUCCUUAUCAUAAUGCUGUCCACGCAGCUGACGUCACCCAGGCCAUGAACUGCUUUCUAAAGGAGCCUAAGCUCAGUAGCUUCCUCACACCACUGGACAUCAUGCUUGGUCUUCUGUCAGCUGUAACCCAUGAUUUAGACCACCCAGGGGUGAACCAACUUUUUUUGAUCAAGACUAAUCACCAUCUUUGCAGCUUAUAUCAGAAUAUUUCUGUACUAGAGAAUCACCACUGGCGAUCUGCAGUUUGCUUGCUCCGAGAGUCAAGGCUCUUUGCACAUUUGCCAAAGGAAAUGACGCAGGAUAUUGAACAACGACUGGGUUCCCUCAUUUUGGCCACGGACAUCACCCGGCAGAAAGAAUUCCUGACCCGCUUAGAAAAUCAUCUCAAGAAUCAAGAUUUGAGAUUGGAAGAUGCUCAGAACCGACAUUUUAUUCUUCAGAUUGCGCUGAAGUGUGCUGACAUUUGCAAUCCUUGUAGGAUCUGGGAGGUGAGCAAACAGUGGAGUGAAAGGGUCUGUGAAGAGUUCUACAGGCAAGGUGACCUCGAGCAGAAAUUCAAACUGGAAAUAAGUCCUCUUUGUAAUCAACAGGAGGAUUCUAUUCCUAGUAUACAAAUUGGCUUCAUGACCCAUAUUGCUGAGCCACUCUUCAAGAAAUGGUACCAUUUUACAGAAAGUCCUCUGGGUGAAAAUAUGUUAAGCCAUCUCACAACCAACAAAGCCAAGUGGAAAAGCAUACAACAUACACAACACAGCAGUAAUGGUGGCAGUAGUGGCAGUAAUAGCAACAAGAUCAAUGACCAUGCAGGCCAAGGAACUGAAAACGAGGAGCAGACUGUAAAUGAAGGAGACUCCCCAUAAUAGCAGCUUUGCCCUCUUCCCUUUGGCACUGCGAUCUUCUCUCUGCUAGUCACAACGAAGUUUGAAAUCUCAGUGUGCACAGGGCCAUCAAGAGCAUGAAAGGAAACAAUCUCGAAGGUGUCCUUGUCAAUAAACCCAGACUGCUUCUGGGUUUUGUUCCUGUGCUCUUUUGACCCCCUCCACCCCCAUUUUUCUAAGUGUAUCAAAGCCAUUUGUCACUUCUGAUCAUUAGCUGCUUGAGUGAGGAACUCCGUUCAAUGAAGUGCUGAGGCUGGUCCCAGGAACAGGCUUCGCAACUAUCAGGGGAAGAUUGGAGAGGAAGGAAGGCAUCCUUGGCCACAAACUCCAUUUGCCCUUGGUCAUACUGUGACAUGCAGCAGUUCAUAGGUCCAGAGCACUGGACAAUUGUUUUUUUUUUAAAUCUGGCUACUGAGCUGCACAAUAAACCACCAGCAAAUAUGGAACUCAAAGGACAUUGGUUUUAAGUGCGUGGGCAUAAAAGAGGUCAAGAGAAAGAAUCUUAUUUUAAUAAUAAUAAUUAUAAUAAUAAAUAAAACCUUUUUAACUUUUAUAUUCUGUGCACUAGACAAAAGGAUCUAAAACUCUGGACUAAGAUUACUCUAGCUAGCCAACCAGUCCCAGAGGAGGCUCAUUUUUGUUAAUAAUUUUUAUGCCACUUUAGGUUAAAAGACUGGCCAUCUUCUCAAUUUAAAGAACAAUGGUUUCCUGUCAGAUCUGCGGAGGUAUCGUAUAGUCCAUUCCUUUGCACCAUUAACCAACCUGUCAUUUUUGAUGCCUCCUUUUCAGUGACAUGUUUAUAUUCAUGCAUGUACAUUUUCUGUAAAUACAAGGCGCUACUGACUCCCAUGCCAAAAUCCAUAAGUAUUAUGGGAUUGCUACCUGUAUAAACAAUGGCACUGUGAACAGAAUAUUGUUAGUUUUAAUAUGAAAGAAAUCAUUUGUAAAUAUGAUAUAGAGUUUAUUAAUACAUUAUUGUUUGCAGAUAAAGGCCUUAACUUUAAUCAUCUGUCAUCUUUUGAAAUCUUCCUGAACUCAUGUCCCCUCAGAUGUGCUUCUGAACUGCCUUUCCAUGCCUCUUUUUCGCUUUUUCCAGCUAAGAUGGCAAAACAAAACUAUGGAAUAGUCUUUUUAGGAGUUUUUGGAAACUUCACAUGCAUUCCACUCAAGACCAUAGUGUUUAAUCUAUGGCACCUGACAUCACUUCCUCAGAUGUAUGAAAUCCUCCACAAAGCCUGAAGUAACUUUUCAACACAGCAAAGUUAAGCAUUAUGUUUUGACAAGUCAAUUGACACACUUGUGUUUUUUAGACUCUUGCUAUGGGCUGUGGCAGUUGGCAAUCUCCACGAGACCUUCCAUGACUCUGCCACUAUGUGCCAGUUUGGGGAUUCCAUGCUUUUUAUACUUAUGACUUUGUUAUGGCUACAGUACCAAAGUAUCCCUUCGUUAUGGUUUGGAUUCAUCUCUUUGGUCUUAAAAGUAGCUGUUUUUGAUUUCCUCAUUUCACACACACACACAAAAAAAAAAAAAACUCAACCCAACUGCUUCAGUUGAAGGGUGCCAUUACUUUUUUAAAAAGGGAAACAUUUUGUUUUUCUUCAAGCCUUUAUUCUUACUGUUGAAGGUCACUGGCUAAUUACAGCUUUGGCUAGAAUAGUUACCUUAAAUUGUUCUUUUUAGUUCCAAUGUUUUUUGCAAGGAUUUGCACGUAAAAUCAAUUAUGGCAUUCUAUUCCUCUGCCAAGUUCUGUGCAUUGAACUGCGUAGCUGCACAAGUUCUAGCUUAAGUCACAUUAAAUGAAAAUAAGUGAUGCUGAUUUAUUUUAUCUUUCAAGCAACACUGCAGGGGAAAGAUGACCAUAUCUGCUGUCAUUAAAUGACUUCUAAAAUCCCAGCUAUGGACAGCUCAAUAUUAUUUUCUAAAAUGCAGCAGAUCCCUCUUAUAUUGUAUAUAUAAUACAUUAGAAAGAUGACCUAAAUAUAAUGAGCAUCUUUGGAGAGGUUGUGAGCUUAGCAGGAAUAAAAGUUUGAUAGAAAAUUUAGAAGCGUGAGUUGUCUUGGUGUCCAAACAAAUGACUAGGUGAUCUAAUGCAAGUUAUGAAAAUUGUAUAAAAUGGAUGGAUAUCAUAUUAAGUUCAUGAGUUAAGUAAGAGGAGGAGCCAUUGCAAAUACUAGACACUAGUUCUCUUUGCACUGCAGUGGUUUCAAACUCACUUCAUAAUGGUAAUUCAAGGUGUUCUUUACUCUCUGGAUUUAGUGGGACACCAGUAGGUGAUGGAUUGGAUCAGGUCCUCCUCCAAAUCUCUCUAGUCUACCAGUUGUAGUUAAGAGGCUGUAGAGAGGACUUUUGAGCAGGCUGUUAUUUAACAUCUUUAAGAUCAUAUCAGGGAAAGUAAUAGUGAGGUUAAUAAAGUAGAGACUGAAAAAGGCAAGAUCUCUUGUAGCUAGUUAUGUGGCUUCUUUGUGUUUAAGAAAUGCCUCAUGUUUAAAUUAUAAUUUAAAUAAAUGAAUAAGGUUU